AUGAUAAAAAAAAAGAUUAAAAAAAGAAAAAAACAUAUAAUAUCUUUUAAAGGUAUAACUGAUUGUCAUAAAGAGAAAAAAAAUUUUUUUUUUCAAGAACAAAAUAAUAAUAAUAAUAAUUUAAUGCAUGAAAGAAAUAUACAUAAAAAUAACUUUAUUAAUUUUGAAGAAUUAAGUAAAAAGUAUACUUUUUUAAAUAAUUUUCUAUAUAAAAAUAAAAGAGGAAAAUUAUCAUAUGAUUUUGAAAAAUCAAUUGCAAUUUAUUUUUUGAGUAAAGCUAUAUUAAAAGAAUAUUACGAUAUUAACUUUUACUUACCUUAUGUUCAUGAAAUUGAUUCUAUUUUUGAUAAAUUUUCAUUAGAAGAUAUUUAUGAGCAUAUAUUUGUGAAUCCUAAAGAAAUUAAUAAUCUUAAACAAAUUAUUCUAGAUGCUUAUAAUGAGCAUAAUAAUGUCUUAUCAAAGCUGGAAAACACAAAUAUACAAGGAAAAUUAAAUAAAUUAAAUAUAAAUUUAACAAAUCAAAAAGAAGAUAUACAAAUAGAAAAUCAGAAAAAAAAUUUCUUGUGUCCAUGUAUACCUGGAAGAGUUAAUUAUAUUCAUUUUUUAGCAGAUCUAGCAAGCCUUGAAAAUUUAGACAGAUUUCCAAAAGAAAAUGAGAAUUUUGAAAAUUCAAAAGAAGUAAAAAUAUGUGAAUAUAAUAAUGAAAACAAUUCAAAAAUAUUAUAUGGUAGUAUAGUAAAAGUUUUAGAUAUAGGGGUAGGUGCUAAUUGCAUAUAUCCUCUUUUAGGCAAUCAUAUUUAUAAAUGGUCAUUUAUUGGGGUAGAUAUAAAUUUGGAGUGCUUAAAAAUUUCUUAUAUUAAUAUUUUAAUAAAUAAUAAAGAAAAAGAUAUAAUAUUGAAAUAUCAAAAAGAUAAGAAUAAAAUAUUUUUAAAUGUAAUUAAUAAUACAGAUUUAUUUUUUUUCUCCAUGUGUAAUCCCCCAUUUUAUAGUUUUUUGGAUGAAGUUAAUAGAAACCCAUUUAGAAAGCUAGAUGCGAAUAUAGAUGAAGUUGUUUAUUUUGAUAAACAAAAUAUAUACAUGGAAAAAGAAAAUUUAACUACUACUACUACUAAUAAUAAUAAUAAUAUAAUUGAACAUAAAUUAGAAGAUAAUAUACAAAAUAGUAUUUUCUCUAAUUAUUUUGGUAAAAAUAAAAAAGAAUAUUAUAACAAUAAUAAUGAUAGUAAUAAAUAUGUAACUGAAAAUGUUAAUAAACAUGAAAAUGAAAACAUGAAUGAAGGGGAAAGUAAAUGCUUCAAUAAAAAUAAAUGUUUUAAUGAAAUUGUAACAAAAUGUGAUGAAAUUCAGAAUGAAGUAAAUUAUAAAAAUUUAGGAGGAGAAUAUAGUUUUAUUUUAAAAAUGAUUAAUGAAAGUAGUUGUUACUUUUAUAAUAUAAUAUGGUUUAGCACACUAGUAUCAAAGCUUAAAAAUGUUAAAUUAAUAAAAAAUGAAAUAAUAAAAUCAAUGAGAUUAUAUAGUAUCCAUGGUAGAAAUCAAAUUUCUUUUUUAAAUACAAUUAUAAAUAAUAAUAUAUAUUUUGAUAAUUUUUUUUAUUUUCAAAAUGUAAAAACUGUCGAAUUUCCUGUAUAUAUUUCUCAAUAUAGAAUUUUUAAGUCAUAUAGUGGGAAAUUAAUUAGAUGGAUAAUAUGUUGGUCAUAUUACAAUGAACAACAUAUUGAUAAUUUAAAAAAGUUAUAUUACGAUAAAAUUAUUAAAAUGAAAACAAAAAUAACUUAUUAG